ACUCGAAUGCUUCGUCCUUUUUCGAUAAACAUUUGUCCGUCUUCGACACGGGCAUUGGGAUUCUGUGAGGACACCGCAGACACGACGUACAUGGGGUCGCGGAUGCUAUCUUGAGGCCAUCCUCCUAUUGAGGCUUCAAGAUGCAAUCAUUCGAGAACAAGCCGGCCGCGAAGCGCCCUGGCGUUAAUCUGAACGUCGAUACAACAAGGGACAUUGGGAAGGGCAAGGAGAUUUCACCGCCGCAGACUCCCAAGAUGGAAAACUAUCGACCGAGUAGAGGCAAUAUUGUCUCUGCCAACCGGGCGCUUAAAGUCCGCACUGGGCUGAGGGGGGAUCGAGAAACAUUUCUGGAUGAUAUCACGCCCGUCGACCCUUCUUCGAACAAAGAGAAUGAUCCUGACAGAGGUCGCAUAAAUCGAGAUUCCCACGAUCUUUCUUUGUCUCCUCGCCAAGUGACGCGCGACUCCUUGGUGGACCACAUGCUGCUCUCCCUCGACCAAUUCUCUUUUGGACAGGACGACGGAUUUGGCAGACAGCCUACGGUGGAUGAGGAGCAAUUAUACAAUACUUUCGAAGAGGAUACGUAUCAGCCUACGUCGAACUUCGCACCAAGGAAUCCGCGGGGUGUUGGGCACACUUAUUCGUACAGCUCCGACUACGACAACGCAGACGACUCGAGUAGAUAUUCUGGAGGUCAAUUGUCCCGCGGACGAAGGAGCAAUAGCAGCUCGAACUUUCAGACGAGUCUGUCGAGAAUAAAUAGCAAGCGCGGGGACAUUAAUUCGAGCUUCUCAACUGCGAGGAACGGCCCACAAGUCCCACCUCGAGGCAUACAUUCACGGAGCGGGAAGGGCAGCAAAGGAAGCAGUGCCAAUAGUUUUGAUCUGGGCUACGCACAAGUUACAAGCAAUACACGUUGGGCACAUGGACUGGCUGGCAGAUCUUCGAGUUUCGACUAUGGGAGUGACAGACAUGCGAUGAAUGCUCCACCACCACUUUCUAUGGCUCGACAAACAGAUACCACUGCCUCUACAUUCAGUCCUUAUGACUACGAUGCCGCGCCGACACCUACCGUUCCUGUUGGACCACGAAGACCGCCGCCUACGUCGCCAAUAGUUCUCCCCCCUGAAUCUCCGAGGAUCGACACGGGAAUGCAAAAGCUAGAGCGGAAAAGGAGUACCAGAUCAUCGAAGAGUGGUUAUAAAGGCAAGCUCUCUUCUAAUAUGUCUUCAGGUGGUAGACUAGAUUAUGGUCUUCAAGAUCCUGCGCAGCCGCUACCACCUAUGCCAGCUUUUAUCAAGGAAUCCGCUCCCGCGCCGCUGGUUGGAUAUGGAAAAACGAAGGAAGCACCCGCAGGUCAACCAUCCAAAGAAAAACCAGGCUUUUUCAGAAGAGUUUUUGGCUCGAGGAAUACCCCUGCGAGUGUGCAAGAACCUCCUCCAUCGCACGGUUCCACGACAUCUGCUGAAACGACAGAUCGUCCAAGCAGUCGCCCACAACACAUUGGCACCCAAAUCAAGUCUCAUACGCACACGCAACCACAACCUCCACCGCCACCAAAAGAACAUUCUCAUGUGCUAACGAAAAAGCCAUCGUCCUUCUUUCGGCGUAGGAAGAAGUCAGUGUCCGAGGCUGAGGCUCCGAUGCCUCCCCCUAUUGUUCCACCGCUAGCGUUACAGCCCGACAAGGAAGUUGCAGCGGCUAAACCUUUGCCCAGUCCAGUAAGCAGUCUUCGAAAGGUGAUGAAUCCGUACCUGAGGACACCUGCCAGAAGCCCUGUCGAUCCAUUUCCCCAGGCUUCAAUCGAUCAACAGAUGAACCAUAGCCCAGAACCGGUAGAACGAUCUGUCAAAGGAUUCUCGCCUGAUUAUGAACCGGACAAAAGUGCAACCAUUAGGGCUGUGAGGCCGAAUACCCGGGAGUCUGUUGAUAAUUUAACCUCGUCUCAUGCUUCGGCGCAGAAGCCAUUACUCUCGAGUCCAAAUGCGCCUUCUCGAGAUGAAUCUCGUUCUGAUCGCGAUGUUACUUUCCUCCAAGAUGCAAGCGACAAUGAUCGUGAUGCGACUUCGAUUUCGGGAACCGAUAAGGAUUUGCUGGAGCCCAAUCAUCUUCCAAGCCGCCAACAUAAUUCUCCGUCAGUAGUGAGAGAUAUGGCACUGGUUGCCGAGUACGAAAGAACACAUUCCAGGAGAUCUCCGACACCGUCAAAAACGGACCAAGCAAAAUCUUCACCGAUCGGCAAUCCCCCUCGCAGUCCAAACGAGCCUGGAUCAGGUAUCAAACAAACGAUUGUUACUACCAGGGACGAGGAAUGGGUUAUGCUUACACCUACCAAGUCUCCCAACGGAAUUGAUGACAAAGAGCAGCGGGUGUGGUUGGAGCCCUCUUCGUCAGAAGAAGAUCUCUCUAGUCCUCCUGCACUUCUCAAAGCUGGUGAUACCCCGGGGCGGUUCUCCGGUUCGACGGACACGGCCUACAAGUCUGCUACAAGCCUUCCUCUUGUGCAAGUUGAUGGCGAGGAGGUCCCCGAGACCCCAGAGCACCAUCUUAUGUCGGCUUCUGAAGCAAUCAAGAGCUUGGAUGAUGUUCGUCCAUCUCCAGAUGCAAUCGUUCCAACUGAAGGAGAUCGUGAAAGAGCGAAGAAGAUUUAUGAUGGCAAUGAGGACUUCAUCCAGAAGGAGAAGGCUGCUGCAUGGCUUGGAGAAGAGGGGCCUCUUCGAUCGAGGACGCUACUUGCUUACAUGGAACUUUACGAUUUCGCGAACCUUAACAUUCUAGCUGCGCUUCGAAUCAUGUGUGGAAGACUGGUCUUAAAGGCGGAAAGUCAGCAAGUUGACCGUAUUCUGGUUGCAUUUUCCAAGCGCUGGUGUGAAUGCAAUCCUGACCACGGGUUCAAGGGCAAUGAUGUUGUGCACACUAUUUGCUACUCGUUGCUCCUUCUCAAUACUGAUUUGCAUCUUGCGGAUAUCGAGCAGAAGAUGACUCGAAGUCAAUUCGUCAAGAAUACUAUGCCAACGAUCCGCAAGAGUGUUGCUGAUUCAGCUCCCGAUGCAUUCGAGCCUGCAAGAGCUUCUAUUCUACCCGGAAAGAGCUCUACCUUUGACACUAACAAAUCGGUCCCCGAGACGGGCUUGAAGCCAGAACGUGCAUCAAUUGAGGUCGAAAGACCUUCGUGGAGAUCAUCCUUCAGACCACUUCCUCGAACAGACUCCGAUGGAAAUGCACCAACUCCAUUGGAUUACGACACGCCUCAAGAUGAUUGUGGACCACUGGUGAAGGCGCCUUUCCAUGGCACUUUGAGAACCUGGGAAGUUCAAGUCGAGAUUGUACUGAAAGACUUCUACAAUUCUAUCCGCAGUGAACGUCUCCCGCUCUUUGGCGCACCAUCCGAGAAGUUGGCACUUCAGCCACCAUCGACAAAUAGUUUAUCGGUGUUUACAAAUGGGAUGUUGCGCCGUACUCCGAGUGUGUUGAGCAAAGCACCUUCCGAGUCUCAAAGCUAUGUCAGAGGAAGAACGGCAGAAACGGUUCGAGUCGGAAAUGGCAAGUGGGCUAAUAAGAAUCGUUCGAGACCUCGUCUAUACCCUGGUUCUGGGCUGGGAUCGAGCCGAACGAGCUUGGAUGAUCAAUCGUCAAUGUGGAGUCCAUCUGUUUCUUCUAGCACUUGGAGCAAAUACUCGCUUGGAAAGACGCAGACAUCCAUGUCUGUGGACUCGUUUGGAUCUUCGUGGCCAAAUGCCGAUUAUCAGCAGUCGAUUGGUUUUGCGAAUGCGUUGAGUCAAGCCAUCAUCCGUGAAGAGACGAUAGGAAGUGCUGGAAGUGGAGGUAGUGAUCGUGAUGAGCCUCGUGUGACGCCUUUACUGGAAGAUGAAUCCUUGGAGUUGCAUGGAGCACCUUGGGCGAAAGAGGGUAUUGUCAAGCAUAAGCACCAUCUCGAAUCCGUGGACAAGAAAGCUAAGGAUCGAAAUUGGAGUGAGGUGUUUGCUGUUAUUGAGAAGGGCUAUAUGAGCUUGUUCUCUUUCUCUUCGAAAAGCAUGCGAAACAAGUCGAAGGGAAAGGCGAUUGCUCAAGGAGUUGUCGGCGGUGGCAAUUGGCAAGAGAAUGCUGAGAGUCUGGGAUCAUUUCUACUUCGACAGACAAUCGCCAGUGCAUUGCCAUCACCAGGCUACUCGAAAGCACGUCCUCAUGUGUGGGCACUUUCACUUCCGACUGGUGCGGUCCAUCUAUUUCAAGUUGGCACACCAGACAUUGUCAAGGAAUUUGUCUCCACAGCCAACUAUUGGAGUGCACGACUUUCCAACCACCCUCUAGUUGGAGGAAUCUCCAAUAUCGAAUACGGGUGGUCCGAUUCCAUCGUCAAUAACGCACUUGUAAACGCUAUCAACGAUUCCACCCGCCCCUCCACCUCCGGCGCCCGUCCCUCCAUCCAGUCCUCCCUCCGCUCUUCUCUCGACCAAGGCUACGCUUCCUCCGGUCCUCGCGCCCGCCUACCAGGAGACAAAAUCACCAUCUCAGACUGGAGUCCUCCCACUCAAUCCAUGCGCGCAAGCAACCUGAUGGAACAAGAUCAACUGAAGACCCUCACCGACUACGUCUCCGGUAUCGAAGAAGAGCUGCAAAAACACAACCAACUAAGAAGCCCAAUGUUAUUAGCCUUCACGCCCCGACAUCCGAACUCGAAUAAGGCGAUGGCGAACUGGGAGAAGAAGAGCAGUUACCUACUGAGGGAGAUCGUCAAGUUUAGGACGUACAUUGAUUGUUUGCAUGCGGCGGAGGUUGGAAAGGGGAAGAUUUAUGCGGAGAGAGAGGAUAGGGAACGGGAGAAGGCUGCGGCGAGGAGGGGGAAAGAGGUCGAGGUGAAAGAUGAGGAUGAUGAUGAGGGGGAUACGACUUUGAGGCCUGAGUGAGGAGGCGCUGGAGCCUUUUUCGAUUCGACACCUUCUUUCCAGAAUACGUAUUCCCCAACACGCCUUUGGAUUCAGUUCUCUUUCGAUUCAUAGUUCCGGAGUUGAGCCUGUUGUACAUAACCCAGGUACAGUACAUUCGGCAGGCAGGCGUUUGUUCGAUUUCUUGGCUAUCAUCAUUUGUCUGUUUGUUUGGAUUGGCUCGUUCGCGAUAUGGAAAUGUAUACCCCUCUGUUUUUGCUUUUCUCGUAUUCUUUUUCUUUGCUAUGUAAUAUUUCUUGGGGGGUUAGAAGGAGGCCGGGGUUAUGAAGUAUGAUUGUAUGACUGUAUUAUGGAGGUUAGAGUCGUGAUGGAAUGGAUAAAUAGAAGAAAGAGAGAGAGAGAGACAGAAUAAAUAAAAGAUAUUUUU